AUGAUAUAUCGUGGAACAUCUGGGUGUGAAGGAUGUUCUGAAUCUGUCCAAGUCCUUCUCGAGUCCGCAUAUCCCGACAUCAAUGUCACCUUUGCGGGGCCAGACGAAGAUGUCCAAAUCAACGCCGAAAGCCUUCGUCAAGUGGACAUUUUUGUUCAACCCGGAGGUCCGGAUCUCGAACAAGCUUGGGAAGAGGCUGAGCCGUAUGCUGCAGACAUGCGUGACUUUGUCGCUCGUGGUGGCUGGUACCUAGGAUUUUGCCUAGGAGCUUUCCUUGCAGGUCCCGAUACUGGUUUUGGUCUCAUUCCCGAAGGCGACAAGGCCGCAAGAGAGAUCGAACGGCCCAAUGCUCAGGUGGACGACAUGGAGGACACUGUUAUCCAAGUAGACUGGACGUUCUCGACCGGCAAGAAGCAAGGAACGACCGAGAGGGAGCGCUGGCUCUACUUCCAAGACGGCGCUGCGUUCAUCUUGUCCGACCACUCACCGACGACUGUUCUCGCACGUUACUCUCAGAAUGGAGAUGUCGCUUCCACGCUGAACGCAUUUGGUCAGGGCUGGGUAGCAAAUGUCGGACCUCAUCCAGAGGCAGACCAAAGUUGGUACGACCUCGAGGACGUUGAGAAUCCAGAGGGUGUCAGAAGCGACAUUGGUAUUGAUUUUGUCAGGGCCGCAUUAGGCACCGCUUCGAGGAACACUCAUGACAAGAGAAUGGCUAAGCUGACAGCCAUGAGGGAUUUGAUUGCCGCGAGUGAAGAUUAA